UCUUCGACUAAGUCCGAAGCUCGCACAUGGCGCUGCUGCCUUUCUUCCCUUGUCUCGUUGUCUGCCUCUGCAAUGGCCCAGCAGCGCUGACACCCCACGAGGGUCCUGCCCGGACUGCCGGCCUUCUCCCUAUCUUUAGGGCGCCAGUGGCAGGGCUGGUGCGGUCGCGACGCGAGUAGUGUGCCUCGCCUGCACCCUCGGGUAAAGUCCGGCAGCAUUGCAGCCCCGCGCCCGCGUCGGCAAAAUCCCGAAGAUCUUCCCGCACUGGCCCCCCUCGAAUGACUCUUUUUCGCUGACCCUUGCUGACCCUGGAAGACUGAUUUGCUUUGCUCCCCACAAUGCAGUAUCAGUAUCCAUACCUGCUACCUCACCUUCUGAACAAUGGGGCUCUCGACGUCUCCCCAUGACUGGCCAGCCAGCAGGAAAUGGUCCACGGUUUUGAGCGCGCUGCUCUUCACGUACAUCUCCACCCUCAACGUGAUCGGGUACCCUCUGCUGGGUGAUUCUGUAGCAGCUGGUUUGCACACGUCUGACCUUGCCGUACAGACGGGCAACACCACCUAUCUCGUAGCCCUCGCCGCGACCCCUCUUCUUCUGGCGCCUCUGUCCGAGCGACAUGGCCGCAAACCGGUCUUCAUCAUCGCAUGCGCUCUCUACACCGUAUUCACUAUACCACAGGCCUUGGCGCGCAAUGUCGGCGUCUUGAUCGCCUUUCGGUUCCUUUCGGGGGCAGCAGCAAGCGUCGGCUCGAGCAUGGCAGGCGGUGUCGUUGCCGAUGUCUUCACAGAAGCGGAUCGAGCCUUUCCAAUGGCCAUGUAUGCUUUCGCCGUCUGGGCAGGACAAGGGACUGGGCCCGUCAUUACCGCUCUCACGCUGGCCUCCCGCGAUUGGCGAGUGGUCUUCUGGUGGAACACAGCUUGCGGAGGUCUGUGCAUGCUCGUCGUUGUUCUGUGCAUGACUGAAUGUCGGACCGCAUCGAGGCGACGGAUCAACGACGGUGAAGCAGGCAAGGUCAAGGGCUGGGCCGGGGGCAUCAAACACCUGGGUAUGGAAUGUUGGCAUUCGCUCUGCGUACCUCUGGGCCUUCUGGCUCGCAACUCUACAGUACAGAGUCUAUCGUUGUGGAGCGCCUUUGUCUGGUCUGUCACAUACAUCUACGUGCAAGCCAUUCCCGUAGUCUUCAGCGAAGGCUACAAAUGGACCUUGGUCGAGGAAACCAGCGUAAUGGUGGCUGCCGUGCCCGCAGGUCUGCUGGGGCUCGCAGCUAAUUGGCACCAAGGUCGGAUCUACCAUGACAGAUCCAUUGCUGCAGGACGACCACUUCCCGAAGCGCGCCUUCAUUACGCCUGUGCAGGAGCUGUCCUCGUUCCCGUCGGACUCGUCAUUUUCGCUUGGACUGGUCAGCCGAACAUCUCCCCAGGGUGGCCUAUCUUUGGCUACUUCCUCUUCAGCUUUGGAAUCUUUCCCAUUUACCUCAGCCUAUUCUCCUUUUUGGCCGACAUCUUUGAAGAGCGCGCCUCCAGUGCGAUGGCUGCCCAAUCAUUCUGCCGCAACAUACUCUCUGCAACGCUGCCGCUGGCCAGCGCAAAAAUGUACUCGAGUCUGGGUAGUCCCGUUGCAACAACAGUACUCGCGAGUAUCGCAGCAGUGUUGGCGGUGGUUCCAUUUGUACUCAAGAGCUGGCACGGUAAGCAAGGGAGAAAGUUGCAUGGCCAAGUCACCCACGAAAGCGACCGGAAGGAGGUGCCGGCAGCGGCUGCUGUGCUAUAAGGCUGCUCGAUCAGCCAGAGCUCUAUCUUCGUGUACCCAUCGUCAUUCGCAAUGUGCCGUCUCUCAUCAGUGAAUUAUAAUUGUAUUCCGUCGCCAUAGCAGUGCAGGCGUCUUUGCAUUGCAGCUGGCCCAUG